CCUCGCGGUUGCUGGCGUGCGGCUUAGCGGUGAGGAAGGAGCUGUGGCCACCGCUCGCCUUUCCCACUGCGCCCUAGGGCGGGUGCGCGGAUAAAUAUGGCGAAGUGGGGAUAGCUGGCGUCGAACCCGACGCGAUGAGGCGCGCAGGUGGGGCGGUCGUCGGGGCCCCCUGACGUGGACGCCGGGCUGUUCUCGUCGGCGAUUUGACCUGGCGGCCUCGGACCGGCGCCAAGUAGGUCAGACCACGGACUCCGCGGGUCGCCGAGGGCCCCGCCGAGAGCCGGAGGCAAUGGAUGAACAGAGCGUGGAGAGCAUUGCUGAGGUUUUCCGAUGUUUCAUUUGUAUGGAGAAAUUGCGGGAUGCACGCCUAUGUCCUCAUUGCUCUAAGCUUUGUUGUUUUAGCUGUAUCAGGCGCUGGCUGACAGAGCAGAGAGCUCAAUGCCCUCAUUGCCGUGCUCCACUCCAGCUACGAGAACUAGUAAACUGUCGUUGGGCAGAGGAAGUAACACAGCAGCUUGAUACUCUUCAACUCUGCAGUCUCACCAAACAUGAAGAAAAUGAAAAGGACAAAUGUGAAAAUCACCAUGAAAAACUUAGUGUAUUUUGCUGGACUUGUAAGAAGUGUAUCUGCCAUCAGUGUGCACUUUGGGGAGGAAUGCAUGGUGGACAUACCUUUAAACCUUUGGCAGAAAUUUAUGAGCAGCAUGUUACUAAAGUGAACGAAGAGGUAGCCAAACUUCGUCGGCGUCUCAUGGAACUGAUCAGCUUAGUUCAAGAAGUGGAAAGAAAUGUAGAAGCUGUUCGAAAUGCAAAAGAUGAGCGUGUUCGGGAAAUUAGGAAUGCAGUGGAGAUGAUGAUUGCACGGUUAGACACACAGCUGAAGAAUAAGCUCAUAACACUAAUGGGUCAGAAGACAUCUCUAACACAAGAAACAGAGCUCUUGGAAUCCUUACUUCAGGAGGUAGAGCACCAGCUGCGGUCUUGUAGUAAGAGUGAGUUGAUAUCUAAGAGCUCAGAGAUCCUCAUGAUGUUUCAGCAAGUUCAUCGAAAGCCCAUGGCAUCCUUUGUUACCACGCCUGUUCCACCAGACUUUACCAGUGAAUUAGUACCAUCUUAUGAUACAGCAACUUUUGUUUUAGAGAAUUUCAGCACUUUGCGUCAGAGAGCAGACCCUGUUUACAGUCCACCUCUUCAAGUUUCAGGACUUUGUUGGAGGCUAAAAGUUUACCCAGCCAAAGAAUAUGAGUAUCGUGUAGAGAUGGUUCAUCAGUCCUGCAAUGAUCCUACCAAAAAUAUCAUUCGAGAAUUUGCAUCUGACUUUGAAGUUGGAGAAUGCUGGGGUUAUAAUAGAUUUUUCCGUUUGGAUUUACUUGCAAAUGAAGGAUACUUGAAUCGACAAAAUGAUACAGUGAUUUUAAGAUUUCAGGUUCGUUCACCAACUUUCUUUCAAAAAUGCCGGGACCAGCAUUGGUAUAUUACUCAAUUGGAAGCUGCACAAACUAGCUAUAUCCAACAAAUAAAUAACCUUAAAGAGAGACUUACUAUUGAGUUGUCUCGAACUCAGAAAUCAAGAGAUUUGUCACCACCAGAUAAUCAUCUUAGCCCCCAAAAUGAUGACACUCCUGAGACACGUGCUAAGAAGUCUGUGUCAUGCACGGAUAUGCUUCUUCAGGAUGGUCCUACUACAGCUUCUAUACGAGAGGUCAAAGAGGAUGAAGAAGAGGAAGAGAAGAUUCAGAAUGAAGAUUAUCAUCAUGAACUUUCAGAUGGAGAUCUGGAUCUGGAUCUUGUUGGGGAAGAUGAAGUGAAUCACCUUGAUGGCAGCAGUUCCUCUGCCAGCUCCACAGCAACAAGUAACACAGAAGAAAAUGACAUUGAUGAAGAAACUAUGUCUGGAGAAAAUGAUGUGGAAUACAACAACAUGGAAUUAGAAGAGGGAGAACUUAUGGAAGAUGCAGCUGCUGCAGGACCACCGGGUAGUAACCAUGGCUAUGUGGGUGCCAGUAGCAGAAUGUCAAGAAGAGCACAUUUAUGCUCUGCUGCUACCAGUAGUUUAUUAGACAUUGAUCCGUUAAUUUUAAUACAUUUGUUGGACCUUAAGGACCGGAAUAGUAUGGAAAAUUUGUGGGGCUUACAGCCUCGCCCACCUGCUUCACUUUUGCAACCCACAGCAUCAUAUUCUCGAAAAGAUAAAGACCAAAGGAAGCAGCAGGCCAUGUGGCGAGUUCCCUCUGAUUUAAAGAUGCUGAAAAGACUCAAAACUCAGAUGGCUGAAGUUCGAUGUAUGAAAACUGAUGUAAAGAAUACACUUUCAGAAAUCAAAAGCAGCAAUGCUGCUUCUAGAGACAUGCAGGCAAGCCUUUUUUCUGCUGACCAGGCAGCUCUGGCUGCUUGUGGAGCCGAAAACUGUGGCAGAUUACAGGAUUUGGGAAUGGAGCUCUUGGCAAAGUCAUCAGUUGCUGGUUACAUACGAAACUCCACAAAUAAGAAGAGUAAUUCACCCAAGCCAGCUCGAUCCAGUAUAGCAGGUAGUCUGUCACUUCGAAGAGCAAUAGACUCUGGGGAAAAUAGCCGUUCAAAGGGAGACUGUCAAACUCUAUCUGAAGGCUCCCCAGGAAGCUCUCAGUCUGGGAGCAAGCACAAUUCUCCCCGAGCCUUAACACAUGGCACUAUCAGUGAUAUUUUGCCAAAAUCUGAAGACCGGCAGUGUCAAGCUUUGGAUUCGGAUGCUGUUGUGGUUGCAGUUUUCAAUGGUUUACCUGCUGUUGAGAAAAGGAGGAAAAUUGUCACCUUGGGGGCUAACGCUAAAGGAGGUCAUCUGGAAGGAAUGCAAAUGACUGAUUUGGAAAAUAAUUCUGAAACUGGGGAAUUACAACCUAUACUACCUGAAGGAGCUUCAGCUGCCCCUGAGGAAGGAAUGAGUAGUGACAGCGAUAUUGAAUGUGACACUGAGAACGAGGAGCAGGAAGAGCACGCCAGCAUGGGAGGAUUCGAUGACUCUUUCAUGGUGCAGCCCCCAGAUGAAGAUACGCAUUCCAGUUUUCCUGAUGGUGAACAAAUAGGCCCGGAAGACCUCAGCUUUAAUACUGAUGGAAACAGCGGAAGGUAAUUGUCAAAUCAAGAGAACUGACUUGCAAGCUACUUUGACCCUGAAAUUUGCUGUAGUUGGUGCUCAAAUUUGUCAUCAGUCAGAUAAUCAGAUUUGGUCUUAUUUUUUCAUCAUCUCUACCUGAAAUAGUAAUGCUGAAACUUAAGAAAGUAGCACAAUUGUAGUAUAUGACAUUAGUACGCAGGAAAAAAUUAACAGCUUGUGAAGAAUUCUGUGUAAUGUAGUGAAUUAACAGUGUAGUCCUCAAUUAAUUUAGUAAGUUAGUAUAUUUAUAAAAGGAAGUUUGUCUACUACAGUGGAAAGGUGAUUAACUGCCACGCAGUGUAUGUAGAAACAGUGCAUGUGCUCGGUAGCCUGCUAAUCCUCAGUGCUCUUGUGUCUGUGGCUAGAUGCUCAGUUGUGUUUAAAUGACCACCUUUAUAUUUUGGGUUUUAAUUAUAAUGUUUAUAGCUUCAUUAAUGCCUGUAAAUUAGGGAACAGAAAAAUUACUUAUUUGUAGAUUCUGCCCUGUAGAUACUUUAUGUGAAUAACUAAAGCAAAACUAGACUGAGUCUCCUCUUUGGAGUGUGUUGGCUGACUAAAAUUAAUUUAUUUACCUUUUCUUGUUUGUUCAAGUGCAGGCACACUGAUUAUUGGCACAUAAUCUUUCUGUUGUAUGACUUUUACAAAUAUAAUUCUAAAUGAGUGAAGUUCAUGUGAAUUGGUUAUGUUUCCCAGUCAUAUGAACACAUGGAAGAUCAUUUAAAAUCACUUCUUUUUUUUUCCUACCUUUUACUAAACAACUAUAGUGCAACAAGCAUUUUAAAACCCUCUUUUCUCUUUUAUUUUUAUUAGUUGGACAUUGGUUUCAGUGUCAAUACAUUUAAAGAUUCAUACAUACUGCACAGUGGUUUACUUGAAACUGUGGUAUAAUGUUUACUUUCAUACUCAAUUAGCCCAAAAUAAUUGCCAGACUUUCCACCGUGGUCCUACAUUUGUGUUUGAUCUGCUAUACUAUUUAUGAAAAUUACACUGCAAGUUGAUAAGACUAUUGAAGAAGCAUGAAUAUAAUACACACGUGAGAGGCACCUCAUCUACUUCUAUUUUACUUAUUUCCCAUGUCUAAUGUCUUGCCAAAUGCUGUGAUUCAUGGUUUGCUUUUGUUCAAAACGGUUCGCACUUUUUGUUAAUAAAAUGAACU